GUGUUUUAUAACAUGGCAGUUGGGAGUUGGUGACCCCAAAAAAGCUAGCAACUGAGUUGUAAAGCUGCUGCUGUCAACUCCCCAAAAAGCACUCUCAAAAAGCCCCACAAAACCAAAGGCAAACAACAAAAAAAAUCUCUCAUUCUCUUUCUUUCUUUCUUUGUUCUGGUCUCACACCUCCAUUAUUUGACAGUCUCUUCAGAACAACAAAUGGGGUACCUGCACAUCCUCCCACGCUGGCAUCAUGGCCCAUUGUCAGUUGUCUACUUUUCACAUUACCCUAAAUCAAGAAUACAAAAAAAAUCAACAAAACAAAAAAAAAUCUCACCUUUACUACUACCCCUUCUUCUCUUUACCUCUAUAUACUCAAAUGCACAAAAUUUAACAAUACCCAUAUCGAGAUAACCCCAAAAUAAACAAAACAAAGAAAAAAAAUUGCUAAAAAAGUGAUCUUUUUCGCAAUAUAUUGUUUUUUUCCUUCAUAUAUAUGCAUAAAAAUGCCACCUUUUUAUGUAUAAAAGUGAACUCUCUUCAUAUAUAUGUAUAAAAAUGCCACCUUUUAUAAAGAUUUUGACAUGAAUGGGAACUGGGAGUCAGAAAUGGAUAAUUCAUCAGAUUCUUUAAAUGGUUUGAAGUUUGGCAAGAAAAUCUAUUUUGGGAAUGUGGGGUCCACAAAUGGAAGUAGUGGGUCAUCAUCAUCGCCGGUGAAGAGGGGUAGGGGUGGUGGGGGUGGGGUUGUGGGGGGUGGUCAACCACCUAGGUGUCAAGUUGAAGGUUGUCAGGUAGAUCUGAGUGAUGCUAAAGCUUACUAUUCUAGGCAUAAAGUUUGUGGUAUGCAUUCCAAGUCACCUACUGUUAUUGUUGCUGGUCUUGAACAGAGGUUUUGUCAACAGUGUAGCAGGUUCCAUCAAUUGCCUGAAUUUGACCAAGGAAAAAGGAGUUGCCGCAGGCGAUUGGCAUGCCAUAAUGAGCGCCGUAGGAAGCCUCCAUCUGGAUCUCUUUUCUCUACACACUAUGGGAAUCUUUCUUCAUCAAUUUUUGAAAACAAUAGCAGCAGAUCCGGAAGCUUUCUGGUAGACUUCAGCUCACACCAAAAUGCCAAUGAGAGCUCAUGGCCAAAUACUAGAGCAUCUGAUCAAGGAUGGGAUCGUCAAUCUACUGCAUCAGGGAAGUUCCUUCAACGUCCUUGGCUGAAUAAUUCCGAAAAUGCUGCAAAUGAGCUUGUUCUGCAAGGUUCAGCUACUGGUGUUCCUUCAGGAGAAUGUUUCCCUGGAGUCUCGGAUUCCACUGGUGCUCUCUCUCUUCUGUCAAAUCGGUCCUGGGGAUCGAGGAACCGACCCACAAGUCUUGGGGUUAACAGCCAAGUUAACAUUGAUGGGGUCCACUCCAUUCAACCGUCAGGUUCUCAUGGUGCCCCCACCAAUCACUUCUCAAGCCCUAGCAGCAGUUCGCAUGAGAUGCCCCCUGAUCUCGGUUUAGGUCAAAUGUUACAGGCUUCUGAUAAUCCGUACUGUGGUGAGCUUGGGAUGGCUCAGCAUGGUGAUGGAAGACAAUACAUGGAGUUGGACAACUCUAAGGGUUAUCAUCCUUCUGUUCAGAAUGUGCACUGGACUCUUUGAGUGUCCUCUCUUUCGUUUAUGAUCACGGUUGUAAGACAUUUUGUUGAUUAACUAGUUCGAUGUCCGUGAGGCUGUUUGUUGAUGAACGACCACAAAUAUUAUGCAACUUCUGUUGGGCUAGACCCAAGAUGACUA